AUGCUGCUCACACGUUCCUUCCUCUCACUCCUCCUGCCAUGUCUGGCAACCGUGACUGUUGUUCCUUCGGCAGCUGCUGAUCGGCUGCCCAACGCCAACCACAUCUUCGCCGCAAUCCACUCCUCCAUGCGCCAAUUCGGCUCCUCCCUGAACCACAAUGGUAUGUCAUUCUUCAUCGCGACGGUUCCGGAGGGUACGGAAUUCUAUCAUGGGACGUCGAAGCGGGAGAGAGUGAACGGGAUAGAGUGGUUGGCGUUUGAGCCGGAGCAUGCUAUGAUUUUUGCUAGGCCGGGGAGGGGACGACCUCCUGGAAAGGGAAUGGGUCAUCCUGAUCUUAAGCGUGGAGGACCCCCUGAUCUGGAGAAACGCGAAGAGUCCGACAAGUUCGGCCCCCUCUUCGCCUACCAAGGCGCCUUCGAAUCUCCCCCCACCAAAGAAGAGAAAGAUAAAUCCUACGGUUACCUCCACACCUACCGCACAACCACCCCUCUCCGCCUCCUCUACCUCGACGGCCAAUCCGCCGCGAAAUCCUCCAAGGGCACACUCGAUGCGCAAGACCUCGUUCUCCUUCCCGGACUCAUCGAUCCGGAUGUAGGGAUGGGCGGUGAUAAACAGCGCGCGGAUGAGAUGUGUAGAAUUGCGAGGGAGAGUGGGGCGUGGAAGGGACGUGUUGAUGGGGUGUUGAGGAUGGAGGGGGGGUUUGAGGUUAUUUUGUGUGGGUUUGGGGAGAGGUUGGAUAUUGUUUCGAUUAAGCGCGCGAAGGAAAGUAAUGGGCAUGGGCCGCCGGGGAGUGAUGGGGAUAAUGGGGAUGGGUUUAAUUAUUAUCGAGCUGUUGCGGCGAGGUAUGACGGAAUUGGCGGCGGGAGGGUGACGUUGGAUUAUGAGCAUUUCGUGACGGCGUUUACGUUUCCUGAUGCUAUGUAUUGGGACCACACCGGACGCCCCAGAAUCAGGAAUGAGACGGAAGCGAAGGAGGAAGUUGAGCGCGUGACGCAGGCUGUCACACAGAUGAUCUUGAACGAAGAGACGAAAGGGAACAGUGUGGACUGGCAGGGUGUCGUGGAUAUGAUCAUCCAACGCUACGCCGAUCGAAUCGAGUAUCUCGCCUCUGGCCACUUUACCACACUCGAGGCUUUCCAGGCGGAGGUUGACAGAGCGCUGAGGCCAUUUAUCGACUACGGCGCUCGAAAUGGGACGUUGGAGGUGGAGAGGUGUGCGGCGCAGUUCAUCCCCUCCGAUGCGGACACAACGACGACAGCGUACCUCGCAACGACUCAAAUCGCACACCACAUCUGCUCAACACUCUCCUCCGCCCUCUCCACCUCCUCCCUCUCAUCCGCCCUCGGCCUACUGCAAGACCUCAAAUCCAACCUCGGCUGGACGACCUGGAAGCGCUGUCGAGGUUGCGAUGCCCACGAGAUUUGCUUUUUGCCGAUUUGGCCGGUGGGGAGAGAGGAGGAUUUUGUGCAGCCGAGGUGUCGGGGGAAUGUUAGUUUAGGACCGGGACAGGAGGGUGGGUAUUGGGAUGGUGGGUUUGGGAGGCCGCCGAGGGGACCUGGAAAGCCUGUGUGGGGUCGUAAGGAAGGAGAGGGAGAGGGAGUAGGUGUUGGAUCGGAGCAGCUUAAUGAGGAGGAGGAGGGUUAG